AUGCAGAGAGCUCGUGUCUUGCACAGAGUCAUUAUUCAUUUUGACUACGAUUGUUUCUACGCCUCAGUCGUCGAAAAUGAGAAUCCGGCGCUCAAAUCAGUGCCACUAGCCAUCCAACAAAAGCAGAUUGUGGUGACUUGUAACUAUGAGGCACGGCGACGAGGUCUACGGAAACUACAGCUUAUCACCGAAGCCAGAAAAGUGUGUCCAGAGGCGGUGAUCGUCCUGGGUGAGGACUUGACUCGUUUUCGUGAUGCUUCAAAGGAUCUGUACAAUUUCCUCCGGCAGUCUAUCUGGAGCGGGAGAGCAGAACGACUUGGUUUUGAUGAAGUCUGGCUCGACUGCACCGAUAUGAUAGACUACAACAUCGGUUUGCUCAAUCUCAACGACCUUUCUCAUUCCUUCUUCUGCAUGAACAAGGACGAUCCUACCAUAGGCUUCGCAUACGACGCAUCCAAAGUGUAUGGCCCUACUUAUCCGUCGAGUCCCUGCCCCUCUACCCAGCUCUCGGAGCAGGAUGAAGAAUUGCGACUUCGCUUUGUGCUUGGGAGUCAUCUGGCAAGGCAUCUCCGACACGAGUUGGAGUCUCAGAAGGGCUAUACAUCCACUGUCGGAGUCGCUAUGAACAAGUUGUUGGCGAAGUUGGCUGGAAAUGUGAAUAAACCGAAAAAUCAAACAACAAUCUUGCCACCCAGUGAGUCGAUGGGCGGUUACGAGAGCACUGUUAUCCGAUUCCUUGAUGACCAUGACAUAGGAAAGAUUCCUGGCAUUGGAUUCAAGCUGGCUCAGAAGAUCCGUGCGCAUGUGCUGGAUCGAGAGGCGGCUUUCUCUGAAGGUCUGACGUACGGAGGCACGAAGGAAUUGGUGACCGUUUUCGAUGUUCGUUCCUAUCCAGGCAUGGGUCCUAAGCUGCUCGAUGAAAUUCUAGCGGGCCCAGGCUCGUCCAAAGGUAUUGGUGGUAAGAUAUGGGAUCUGCUUCAUGGGAUGGACGACACGGAGGUCGCGAAAGGGAGGCGUGUCCCCUCACAAAUAAGUCAGGAGGAUUCGUAUAUGAAGUACCUACAUACAUUUGAAGAGGUCAAGAAACAGCUCCACAUCUUGGGCGAGAGAUUGAUUCGGCGUAUGCAAAUGGAUCUAUUAGAGGACGACGACGGUGGUGGAAUGGAUGAUUGCGAGACCUUGCGCCGUCGAUGGAUGGCACAUCCACGAACUCUGCGGCUGUCUACAAGACCUCGUCCACUGCCUACCCCGGAUGGAGGACGGGCAAGGGCAUUUCAGCGUAUCUCUCGCUCAGGACCCAUGCCGAACUUCGUCUUCAAUUUGAACGAGACACCUUCUACACUCGCCCUUCGUCUAGUCGAGGAAGCCCUCGUUCCAAUGUUUCGAAAACUGCACCAUGAACAGGCCAGCUGGAAUCUCAGCUUGAUCAAUGUUGCUGCCACGAACAUGGCAGAAACAGCAACUGAAACGAAAGAAAGCAAAGGGCGAGACAUUGGAAGAAUGUUGAGGCGACAGGACGAAAUUCUCAAGGAAUUCAGAGUGACUGCCCCUUCAGAGGAAGUGAACGACACCGGGUCGGCGAUUCCGGAUCGUCCAGCUGCUCAGUCGCUCGAUGACAUGAUGGCAGAAUCAACCACUGACAUUUCGGUAGAAGAUGACUGGGACUCUGAAGAUGGCAAGAGCCAGCAACUGGAGUGGUGCGAGAUCUGUGAAAACGCCAUUCCCGCCUUCGCAUUGGCUGCCCAUCGGAGAUAUCACGAUUUAAGCAAUUAG